CAUUAAUAUAUACAUUUAGGCAAACAGGAAAAGCCAGUUAGGUAAUGCUCGACAAGUAACAUCACAGAUCUGUGUCUACCUAACACGUUGGCAAGUACAGAAGUUAGGAUAGUUCCAGUAAUGAAGGGAAUCAGAAGAUAUGGGGUUCUACCUCUCCUUGCCUGUAUUGCUUUACUUCUAGCCGAAAUUCUGCAGAUUUUGUCAUUUGCUGCUCCAUUCUGGGCUUGGGAUUCCUCUGCGUCCUUUGGGACGGCUGUCGUGUUUGAGAGGAUCCCAUGACGGAUGUAUCCAGUUUAACUACCCAUGGCACCUGAGAGGUCUUGAUGGAGGAAGCGUGUGGCGGUCAUGCAACGCCAACAUCAAAAAUGAAGUUUUCUGUGCACCAUUUCAUUGGCUGAACAAUGUCCGAGGCUUGGAGAGCGUGGCCAUAAUAUGCGCGGCCAUCCCGCUUGUCGUGAUGCCCGUCUACGUCUACGUGUCUAUGGGCCUCUACCAUAGAUGUUUCCUCAUCACCAUGGCCGUCUUCACGCUAGUUGCCGCGUUAUGCAACAUUGUGGGUGUUAUCGUCUAUGGUGUGGCUAUUGGCGCACGACUGGAGUGGACGGUUGGUUGGUGUCUAUUUGUCUGCGUUAUCGGAGCUGUCUUCGACAUAGUAGGUUUCAUAGUUCUGCUGAUCGCAACUUUCGUGAAACCAAAGAUUCCCCCUCAGACGUUUCAACGAGCCACCAGCCUCUACGUCAACCGCGACACCAACAAACUUUACGCCAUGGAAGGCGAUGAGAGUGGUCGUAUCGACAUCGAUGUUUCGGAAUAUGGUGGCCGUACCAACAUGGGCUACACCGACCAUGGCAAUGCUCCGACACACGGCGGCCAUACCAACAUGGGCUACACCGUCCAUGGCAAUGCUCGGACACACGGCGGCCAUACCAACAUGGGCUACACCGUCCAUGGCAAUGCUCCGACACACGGCGGCCAUACCAACAUGGGCUACACCGACCAUGGCAAUGCUCCGACACACGGCGGCCAUACCAACAUGGAAUAUGUCUACCGAGGCAAUGUUUCGGAAAAUGGCGACCUUAGCAUUCCGGGUGAUGCUUAGCAAAAUGCGAUCUAUUGUUAUUUCUGUGAUCCUGUUUAUGCCUUUACGGUACUGUUACCCAGGUAUCUGAGAAUAUUUUUCUUGCCUGCACCAACUCCUGAAAUUACCGUAAAAUACUAGAUAAGUUCACGUUUGUUUAUUAGCAACAAAAUAGAAAUAAAGUGACUCUGGUCAAUCUCAAGAUAUUAUAGAGAAAUGAAACCAAGAACAUUUGUUCAAUGAAUACGGCAGAAUAUUCGUGAUGCAGGUCCAUGCACUCGUGUAGUUCAUUCAGCGAGUAGAAUUAUUGUACAUACCAAGCAUGCAUGAAGCUUUAAUGUAUAUUAUACUCUAAUGUCAUACACUUCAUAUUUCAAUAUUAUAUUACAAUGUCAAUUAGAUUGCAAGUUUACAUUUUCAUUCUUAUCAAAAAAUAUUUAAUGUCUACCGCUUUUUGUAUUGCCAAGUACUUUGUUUCAAAUGGCGGUUAAUACGUCAUGGAUGCCCGUGGCAGAAUGUUAAAGCUGUGAUGUGUAUGAUAAUGUUUAUAUUUUUUGGAGAAAUGACAAGUACUUUACUAACGAUUUUGAUAUAUUAUAUUUUGACUUACUCCCAUACAAACUGCACAAACAGAAUACGUAUAAAGAACAACAGCAAUCCUGCGCCUGUUCUGGGUUCUGAUCCGUUGCGCGCACAUGAGGAAAUAAUUGGGAAUAUAGCCUCGGAUAGCAUCCUUGUAAGAAAUUGGUAAUUAAAAAAAUAAAUUUUUACUUACAGACGGAGUUUUAUGUUUUUUUCCAGGCGCAGCGGCUUGAGAUAUAAAAUAUUAACAAAGAUUAUUAUGCUGAUUGUCAGAUUGAUUCUGAUGACGGACAUAGUCAUUCAUUUUUAUAUUACACAACAACGAAAUCCUCCACUGAAAUAUUCCGCGGACAACUUUAAGUGGUUUUAUCAACGUUGUUGUACAUAUUUGGUGUAUUGUUACAUGUCCCCGGGUGAAUAUGUGCAUACUGUCAUUGCAUUGAUAUGUUUGAGGCUGGUGAAUAGUUUUAACAUACUUCAAACAGUUUGAAUAGUAUCUAUUUACAAUACAUUAAACGCACAGAAACAUAUACCUGUACAUCUCCCUUUCCUUAACAUGCAAUUGAAGUGAACAUUUCAUGGACCAUGUAUGUUGUAAUAACGAUUAGUAACCAGAACUCAUAUGUUUA